AUGAGUUCAUUUUCUCCAUUUUCUUUUGGCAUAUUGUUCAGUUUAAGAAAUAUUGGAAGGGUUACAAAGUACCCCUGGUUGAACUCUCCUUUUGAGUUGAAUUUCCAAUCUAAGCAUUCAUUUGGAGGAAUUGGGAUGGGGAGUCCUCAGCAUAAUGAUCUGAAAAAAGAUUCAAGAGGAGCUUUAAUUGUUCUUGAAGGUUUGGAUCGUUGUGGAAAGACGUCUCAGUCUGCUCGAUUACUUUCAUCAUUGGAAGGUCUGAGAUAUUCAGUUGAGUCAUGGAGAUUUCCUGAUAGAACUGGUGUUGGGUUGAUGAUAUCUUCUUACCUUUCGAACCAAUCACAAUUGGAUGACCAUGCCAUUCAUUUACUAUUCAGUGCAAAUCGGUGGGAGAAGAGAUCAUUAAUGGAAGCUAAGCUGAUGAGUGGAACCACUCUCAUAGUUGAUCGGUAUUCUUACUCCGGCGUUGCUUUCUCAAGUGCAAAAGGACUUGAUUUUCAGUGGUGCAAGGUAAAAAAGAAAAAUGAGGUUGGGUUGUUGGCCCCUGAUUUGGUGUUUUACCUGGACAUUUCACUAGAGAAAGCUGCUGAAAGAGGAGGUUAUGGAGGGGAGAGAUAUGAGCAGCUUGAAUUUCAGAAGAAAGUUGCAGAAUCUUACAAGAAGCUUACUGAUGCUUCCUGGAAGGAGAAAGUUACUUAUGGUUCUCCCUCUUGCUUUUCGGAGAUUCCGGCGACGGUUGAAGAGAAAGAAGCAGCUGUUAUGUCCGUUAACGAGGCCAGUUUGAUUGAGAAGAUUCCAAAGGUUGGAUGCUGGCGGUUGCACUACAGUAAUAUACUCACUAAUCAUCAUCCACUGCAAUGUAGUAAUUUGUUUGCGGUGUAG